GCAGGUUGAUUGUUGGAAACCACAGGCUGGUAUAGACAAUGAUGAGGCGGUAAAGUGCUGCUUAUCAGAGUGUAUAUCGUGUAUUUCCUCUUACGUUUAUAAAAGCUCAAAGACUUCUCAAUCAAAAUGACGACCACCACGACAUUUCAGGGGAUGGAGCCAGGCUCAAAAAGCAGUUCAAGAGUUUUACGCCCUCCUGGUGGCGGCUCAAACAUUUCAUUUGGAACUGAUGAAGAGAAGCCCCCUGCCCGGAAAAACAAGAUGGCCUCCAGUGUUUUUGCCGAACCAGAGGACCCUUAUGCCAAUCGCAGGAACAACCCACCAGGUGGCAGUGCUACAGGUGUUCUGUGUGGUGAGUCAUCAGCACCCUUGAGAAGAGGGGGAAAUCAAACCAUCAACCACUCCACAGAUGCCCCUGCCAUGGAUGGAGACAAUUGUGCACACAUUAAUGAAAACAGUACUGCUGAGCCUGAAGUGGCCCCAGCGCAGCAGGAUGAGGCCCCUCCAGCUGAGGAGUCUGCUGCAGGACUACCCUCUGGCCGCAGGAAUCCUCCAGGAGGCAAGUCCAGCCUCAUCCUGGGUUAAAUCUCAGCCAAUUGGCCCUCCUUACAUCCACUCAUCUCUAAAAUCGUCUCUUUUUCAUUUUUUUUUUUUUUUUUUUUUUUUUUUUAAGAGAACCCCCGCCCUUUCGUCUGUUCUGCAGGAACCCUGUCUGAUGUCUAGCAGACACCAGUGUCCUCCACAUCCCCAAGUGCAUUGUUUUGAUACCUCUUUUCUGGAAACCGUUUUUGUACUGUUUUUAUUGUUUGUUUCUUUUUGACAGAAGCACUUUAUGUAAUUCAAAUUACAUGUUUCAAAGUCUGCCUUCUACCCCGUGACAUAUUAGACCUGGCAGAAAGGGUACAAGGAUCACACGUCUCAUAUCAACUGGUGGAAUAGCUCCCCUGACUUUAUAGCAGCAGCACACAGCCUGUAUGUGAUUAAAUGAGCAGUUUGUUGAACACAAGCAAAGAAAAGCUGUCCCUCCUUUGCACUGUGUUCAGUUUUGACCCCUCUUGCAUGCAUGUCUGGUCUGUUACGUAUGAAUGUGAGAAAAAAACUUAUCUGUGAAUGUUUUUGGUUUUUUUUUUCUAGAUUAACCUGUUUGUUAGUAGUUUUAGUGGAAUAAUUGUUGUAUUGUUCUUGCAUGAAGUAAACUGAAGAAACUUGCUACUGAUUAGAUUGAUAUUGUCCACAUAGGAGCCACAUGAACUCUUUCAUUGUGAUCUGAAUGAUGCAAACAUUCGUCUUCAGAUGAUCACUGUUACUGAAUUGGAAUAAGCCUUUUUUUAUAUUGUAGUCAGAAACGUAGAUUAUUGUAACCCCAGUGCCGGUUUUGAGUGCCCUGUGUUUUUAUAGGUAAAAUUUACUCUGAAAUAAAGUGUGCCUGUUUGUGUGUUAGGCUACAACAUCAAACAAGGUUGGGUUUCCUCGGUUGCAACCCCUCAGCAUCACUUGUGUCGAGUUUCCAUUGUGUUAAAAUGGAAUGCAAUCGGUCCAGAUACUGAAGUGUGACUGGAAAACCCAUCCUAGAUUUGACAAGUGACCUUAUGACAGCUCAGCCUUUUCUUUCCUAAUUGUUACCCGCUUUUUAAAAUUUGUUUAUGAUCAUGAUCACUGGAAAUGUAGAACAGACUUUUUAGUACAUUAUAUGUGGCAUUACUGUAUUCAAACCAAAAUUCAAACUCCUUCCCUCACCUUUCCUGUCGAGUCACGUGUGUGUGGCUCCGGCAUCAGACAGCCGUCAUGUGACAAAACUUCCAUUUCAGAUCCAUGAGAUUGCGUUUCUGUGGUGUAUACUUUUAAUGUGUUAUGAUGCAAUACAUUUAUGUUUGCACCAUCCCUGAUGCUGGAUGUAAGUCACUGCAGAAAUUUGAAAUCAAGAAAUGGCACAAGUGGAAAUGAACAUUAAAAAUCAAAUUUUGA